AUGACUGUUGUCGAGGACGCUGUGGGGGCCAGAGUGGCAGCUAGAGCCAGAAAUAUGAGCGAUGGCAUCAACUACAGGGAGAAAGAACUUAACGACUUGACGGCCGACACAUUAGACUCGGACGAUGAAAACGACGACAAUAAGAACGACGAUGACGAUGAUGAAGCUCCCGUCUGGUUGCAAGACGAUGUGCACUCAGACGAAGAUAUUGAGCUGGACUCAGAGGACGAUUCUGACACGGAGGCAGUCCAGGCCCAGGUGGUGGAUAAAUUGGCCAAAAACACGAAAUCAGAACAAAGUGUCCUGAGCGAUGAAGUCUCUGAAAUGGACACCAAAACGGUCUCCUCAAAAUUGAAGAAAUUGAAUGAAUUCGUGAGGCAGAGUCAGGUCUAUUCCGGCAUUAUUGCGGAUACUCUGCUGCAAAGAUCCAAUGAAGUGGCCAACUCUAAUGUAAAAGAUAAUAGCGAUAAUAGUGGUGAAGGACAAUCUAGCAAAAGACGUAAAACGAAAAAAAAAUCCAUAACGGAUUUCUUCAAGAGACAGAAAAAGCAUGAGAGUACCUUCAUCCCAGACACCUCUCCAGAAACCAUAAAGCAGCCUCACCUGUUGAAAAACUGCACUUUAAAACCGUACCAGUUAGAAGGCCUUAAUUGGCUGAUUACUCUUUAUGAGAAUGGCCUCAACGGGAUCCUUGCUGAUGAAAUGGGUCUUGGUAAGACUGUUCAAAGCAUAGCUCUUUUGGCGUUCAUAUAUGAAAUGGACACAAAGGGUCCUUUUUUGGUAACUGCUCCCUUAAGUACUCUGGAUAAUUGGAUAAACGAAUUUGCAAAAUUCGCUCCAGAUUUACCUGUUCUGAAAUAUUAUGGGGCCAAUGGCUACAAGGAGCGUUCCAGCAAACUAAGGAAAUUUUUCAAACAACAAGGCGACACCGGAAUCAUCGUCACAUCAUAUGAAAUCAUACUAAGAGAUACUGACUUGAUCAUGAGCCAAAACUGGAAGUUCUUGAUCGUCGACGAAGGUCACCGUUUGAAAAACAUAAACUGUAGAUUGAUCAAAGAAUUGAAGAAAAUUAAUACUCCGAACAGAUUAUUAUUAACGGGGACACCCUUACAGAAUAAUUUAGCUGAACUAUGGUCACUUUUAAACUUUAUAAUGCCCGAUAUUUUUGCCGAUUUCGAAAUCUUUAACAAGUGGUUUGAUUUUGACAGCUUAAACUUGGGAUCCGGUUCCAAUUCCGAAGCAUUGAAUAAGCUAAUCAAUGAUGAACUACAAAGAAACUUGAUUUCCAAUUUGCACACAAUUUUAAAGCCGUUUCUUUUAAGACGGCUGAAAAAAGUCGUUUUAGCAAAUAUUCUACCGCCAAAGAGAGAGUAUAUUAUAAAUUGUCCAAUGACGUUGGCACAAAAAAAAUUCUACAAAGCUGGGCUAAAUGGGAAAUUAAAGAAAACCAUGUUUAAGGAAUUAAUCAAGGAUUUUUUCACUCUCAACACGGAACAUAUCGGCCACGUUUCUAAUAGGUCCAUAAGAGAUUUCAUCAAUUACAAACUAUCCACUAGUGAAACUUCAGGCGCAGAUAACAAAAACUCUUCAACUUUGUUACAGAUGGAUAGAUUAUAUAAGGAGAAUUUGCAAGCGGAAAUUUCAAAUAAAAAAUUGCAAAACAUGAUGAUGCAACUAAGACAGAUAAUUGAUUCAACUUAUUUAUUUUAUUUCCCGUAUUUGCACCCAGAGGAUUUGAGUUUAAAGAAUCUUUUAAAGACGUCUGGGAAAUUGCAGAUUUUGCAAAAAUUGAUUCCGCCGUUAAUAUCUACAGGGCAUAAAGUGCUUGUUUAUUCACAAUUUGUUAAUAUGCUAGACUUGAUUGAAGACUGGUGCGAUCUGAAUUCGUUCGAGACAUUUCGAAUUGAUGGUUCAGUGAGUAAUGAAGCAAGAAAGGCUCAAUUAGAAAAAUUUAAUAACUCGAAAGAUCAACAUAAGAUUUUUCUGUUAUCCACGAGGGCCGCAGGGCUAGGUAUCAACCUAGUUGGUGCAGAUACAGUCGUAUUGUUUGACAGUGAUUGGAAUCCACAGGUGGACCUACAAGCCAUGGACAGGUGUCACCGUAUUGGUCAAGAAUCACCGGUCAUAGUAUACAGAUUGUGUUGUGACAACACUAUUGAGCAUGUUAUAUUAACUAGAGCGGCUAAUAAGCGAAAUUUGGAAAGAAUGGUUAUUCAAAUGGGAAGAUUUAACAAUUUGAAAAAACUGGCAUUAAAUGAAGGUUCUUUUUUGAAGGCAAAUAAAAUAGGCGUCAAUGUAACUAAUAAAGACCUGGUUCAAGAAUUAUCUGUGCUCUUAAUGAGUGAAGAAUCCAGUAUCGGGUUUAAAAAUGAGGGACGAAAUGAAAAGAAUAUCACCGAGGGACAGCUGACCGAUGCGGAAGUCAAGGAACUAACUGACAGAUCGCUUGAAGCAUACAAGGCUGAUAGGGUAGUAAACCUACCCCAUGUUAGACUAUUCGAAACCACAUCUGGACUCUAA